AUGGAAUAAAUUCAUUAUCUUGGUUACUGUAGGUACAUAUUUAUGGAAAAUCCCGAAACACGUCAAUUUAAAUUUCAAAUUGUCAUUCUUCUUCGUAAAAAUGCAAACUCUACCUUCAACCCCCUUCGAAAGACAGGAUUCAUGAAAAUGGAUGUAUAUCACAAGGUAUUUGUUUAUGGGACAUUGAAAACUGGGGAACCAAAUCAUCAUGUAUUCAAAGGAAACAUGGAAGGACGCUACAAACUUCUUUGUGAUGCAGCAACUGUAGAAAAAUAUCCUCUUAUAAUUGGAACAAAAUAUAAUAUUCCAUUCCUACUCCAGGAACCAGGAACGGGACACAAUGUAAAAGGCGAGUUAUAUGAAGUGGACGAUAAAGUAUUGACAGUUCUGGAUGAACUUGAAGAUCACCCAAAUUUUUACGUUAGAGAAGAAGUUGAUGUUAUCUCAAGCAAGGACUCCAACAUUCACAAGGCAUGGAUUUACUUCAUCAAGAAUUUCCAGAGGCGUCUACUGAACAAUAUAAUGUUGGAAUGCUAUACAAACAAUGGUCAAUCACCGAAAUACGUUGAAAGGUAUCUAAGAAAAGGAGAAAAUUUCAGUUACGAUGAGGUUUUGAAUCGAUAAAUUUUAUUUUCACAGUGAAGAGGCGACGUUGGACGAUUUGCACUGUGCUUAGAGACAUUACAGGCCACUGGUUCAAAUAAAUCAUUGUUCUUUAUGGAUUCGGUCCUCACUUCAUGGAAACUGAUUUGUGAAAAAUAAACUUAAUUUCCACAUAAUAAUAAAAUAAUAAUACUGCAACAAAGAUGUUUGUAGAUAGUGUAUUAAGAGGGAAUGGUACCACUUGACUGGUCAGUUCAAAACUUAAAGGGGAAUAACUAUUCUUGCAGAUCACCGAUUUGUAUGGGGUUUUCUGAUCAUUUCUUCAAACAAUGAUCUGAAAGGCAGGGACGGGCUAUUUUUAAUUUGCGAAUGAAAAAACAAAAAAAAAAGUUGGUAACUUUUCGUUUUCCGCAAAGGAAUUGAUGAUAUGGAUGAAAGGGCUUAUCACUGAUUUAUUUUAAAAUUAUUCGUAAAAAAAAAACUACAGAAAAACAUCUCAAAAGAGCUGAAAUCACUUCGUAAUAAAAAAGAAUAAUCGACCGUCGUAUAGUGCUGCCCCUACUUUAUAAAUUCGCAACGAAUCACCAGAUUCUUCAAUACUACCUACAAUUUGAUAAUUCCGGCAACGUUGCUGCGUUAUGAAUCAGUUCUCAGUUAGAGUCGUAAACAGUAUGUAUUAGGUGAAUAGAAAGAUUUCCAGCUUGUUCGUUUCUUUUCGAAAGUUUGAAGGUAUGAACAGAUCGACGCGGGACUUCGGGAACGGGGGCGAUGCGUUCAGCGGGCAGAUUGCAUAGCAUGCACACCUACGCGAAAAUAAUGAGACACGAUUAUUAGUAUGAAUCUAAAAUUAUGUAUGAAAAUGACAGUUUUUCGGAUGAAGAAGUUUUACUGCUCAAAGGCGUUGAUUUCCAUCCCACAAAAGUUUCUUUCCCGCUCCCGCAGUCACGCGUCGGUCUGUUCAUACCUUUAUUCAGUUUAGUUAGCUGUCAAUUCUUUUCGAUAUGGAUAACAAGAGAUUCAAGGAUUUAUUUAUUCUGAUCCUAUUACUUGCUUUUUGGGAGUAUCAUGUAAAAAUAUCAAAUUUGUCGAUCCUAACUGAUAUUUCUGACAACUUCGCAACCCUCUCUAAAAUCGGUUUUAUUGCCCAUCAUAAAAAGCGAGUUAUUCCUUUCAAAACAUCUGGUCAAUCCGUCCUAGAAAGAUACCUAAUACCAUCUCUGUACCUGUCUUUCGAGCUCGAAGUUGCUGCAUUGCCAAAUGUUCGAACAACCGUUCGUACAGUUCGCUGCGAUUUCAUUGGCUGGCGUGUAAGAAUUGAAUGCCGUCAAACGUAUCUGAAUUCUUAGAUGUGGUAGAAAAGGACGGAAGAUCAGAAGAACGUUUGAGAUUGCUCCACUCAUCCUGAAAAGUGAUGGCAUCUCAGAGGGGCUGGAGGGAGCUGAAUAGGUAAACUUUGACAGAUGUGCUCAAACGCACGUGGUACCAUUACCUCUUAACGAACGUCUAUCUAAAAUUACAAUGUUGGAAUAAACAUGUUAAUGUAAACCUACUGGAAAAUAUAUUGUAUUCCAAUUUGAAUUACAUAUAGAUAAUAUUUAUUAGUAUGUAUUUGAAGGAAAUAUAUUUUUAGCAAAUUUA